CGGGGUUCUCUUCGAAAUCAUCAGUUCAUUGCAACAUUAGUUGAACAAUACAACAAGUAUAGCAUCAGCAAGCGUUCAUCAACAACAUGUCAGCAAAAACUUGUUUUAUCACUGCGGUCCUGGCGGCAACCGCGUUCACUUUAGCUUCGUCGUGCGACGUGUGUGUAACCCAAGGACAGGUAGAUGUCUUGGUUUUCUUCCAAGGUUACCAACAAAACGUACUCGAUCUAUUUUUCGAACAGUGUGAUUGGAGUGACAAAGAAGAAGUCUACACAGUAUACCAGCGGUACGUGGAAGAGGGCGAAACGGUUCUACCCGAUUUCAGGGCUGCUCUGUACGGUCACUACGAAAAAAUCCCCGAAACAAUCGAGGUGGACACUCAGACCAUAGUUGACAUCUCCGUCUCCAUCGAACCGAAAGAGUGCCAAGUAUGCCAAGACACCGGAGUCGUACGUUGCCCUAAAACUAAAUACGACAUAUUCGGCUUUUUCGAAACGUGCUACUCUGAAAUACCUGUCCAGAAGUACUUCGAGGAAAACCAUGUGGACGUUAGCAUAGUGGAAUCGUACAAAGCGUGGAAAGCUGAUAGGCAAUGCGAGUUAAAAGAAAAUGACUACAGAAAAGCUCUGUACACCUGGUACAAAGCCAACCCGGAUGCGCUGAAUCGGGAUUGUGCUAAUUUCCUCAAUUACUGUUUAAGUACCAAGUGCCCGGAUAUUAUUGGACCUGGACUUGGCCCCGCCAUUAUUCGACCAAGACUUGGCCCUGGCCCUGCAGUCAACACUAAUUAUUGAUAACACUCGUCCAUUCGUCUGAACUUUAUUAUAUUAUUAUUAAACUUCAAAAACUUUUAAACUCUAUUAACGUUAUUAUGUAUGUCCGAGUUCAAGAAAUAAUAAAGACAUUGAUUUGAUGAUUUAA